AUGAAGUUCCUCCAUCUCCUGAGCACAGAGGUCUCUCAAGAUAUCACCUUCCACUGUCUGAGUGAGCCGCCUUUCAGCCCCACAGACACCUACAGCGCUAACGGCCCAGGACAGGAGUACCAGGAUAGACCACCGAGGUUCAGGGGAUGGAACGGCCAGAUGUUUGAGGCAGACACACUACUUGCACCUCUACUAGACGAGUGCAAGGUAAGGAGCCCGAGGGAGGAAGAGAUAUACGUUUAUUUCGCUUCAGAACUGGAUGUGUAUUCAUAAAGCAUCUCAAAGUAGCAUUGCUGAUCUAAGAUCAGGUCCUCCCUGACCAUGUAAUCUUAUUCAUUAUAAUCUAAAAGGCAAAACGGAUCCUAGAUCAGCAUUAACCAUUGUGUGUCAAUUGCUUCAUAUUGUAUAUUUUCCCUUCUAGAUCCAGGAUGGCAGCUGGCACCAGUCACAUUUCUUCUUCCAUACUCAGGACAGCUACGAGCUCCCUAUCGUAGACAUACAGGAACCACCAUCGUCACAGCUCAAUCACCUGCGCCACCUCGAGGUGGGACCUGUCUGCUUUCUGUGAGGUCAUCUAUCACCAGCCUGCCUGUCCAAAAUAUGAACUAUGAAAAAUCAAGCAUGCCAUAAGCAAGCCAAAAUGUCUGCUCCCCAAACCAAAGAGAAUGUAAGCCCAAGCGGAGUUGGUCAGGUCUACUCCCCCACAUGGUGACAAACGCCCUGUUCAAUCGAUGGCAGUCUUCUGCGGAAGAACUCAAUCCAUAG